UGGAGAACCCGUCGGGUCCCAGUUCUUCGAGAUACUUUCUUAGGAACUCCUUGGCCAUCAAGAAAUGGUGAGGAUAGAAGAUUUACUACUGAUGCUAGUAAUCGAAGAUUAAUCAACCAGCUUCAGGUAUGGCUGAUUUCAUGAAUGGGCUCCCGAAAUCCGAGGAGCAAGACGAUGUACCGAAGCCGCCGCCGCGGCUCUGCGAUUACUGCAACCAAGCCACCGCCGUGCUGUACUGCAGAGCAGAUUCCGCUAGGCUAUGUCUCGCCUGCGACCGUGAAGUUCAUUCCACCAACCAGCUCUUCACCAAACACACUCGAUGGCUGCUCUGCGACGCUUGUGACGCCUCCCCUGCCUCCAUCUUCUGCGAGACGGAGCGCUCCGUUCUGUGCCAGAACUGCGAUUGGGAGACCCACCGACACUCCUUCUCCUCGCUUCACAGCCGGAGGCCGAUCGAUGGGUUUAGCGACUGCCCUUCGGUGAAUGAAUUGAUGGGUCUUUUAGGGUUUGAAGAUUUGGGGGUUAAGAGUAAAAAUGGGUUGAUGAUUUUGGGGGAAGAAGAUAACGAUGGGUUGGUUGGGUCUGUUCCUGACGAGUCGGAUCUGGUAGAUGGCUACUCUGAAUUCCUUGUUUGGGAGAGCCCUCCUGUUGGUAGCAUCGAUGAUUUGAUAGUUUCUGUGGAUUCGGGUCGGGAUUUGAAGGCAUUGGGAGUUCCUCCUCUGCCCAAGAACCGGAAUGCGGCCUGCGGACGAUACAAGGAGGAAAUAAUCCGGCAGCUUCGUCGAAUGGCCAGGUUAGAACCUCAAUUGAAUUCCGAGAAGGGAGAAUUUGAUCACACCGGGUCGUUGGGAUCACUUGCUCCUGAACAAAACUCGCUUCAAACAAGCACCGGUUGUGAGCCCCAUGCAGUUGUACUUAUACAGGAACAUGUUUUUCAUUGGCACAAUGAUAACGAAGAUGCUGCAAAUCAAGCAUUUGUUUCUUCUAUUCUGAGGGCCAACUUAGACGAACAUUCUGAAACUCCUGACAAGCAGUCUAAUGCAGCUGGGGAAGGAACGUUUGCGAAUGAUGGCGAUGAAGCUGCACAACCCCAUCAUCCUGCUACAACAUUACCGGCCACAGCUCUGAAAGUUACAGCAUACGAGUUGUUAAACAGCCAGGAGAGGGACUCUGCGAUCUCAAGGUACAAGGAGAAGAAGAAAACAAGAAGGUAUGAUAAGCAUAUUAGGUACGAAUCGAGAAAGGCUCGAGCAGAAAGCCGAACGAGAAUCAGAGGGCGGUUUGCUAAGAUCGAAUAGUGAUUAAAUACUACGGUCCUCUUAAAAGUCGUUUUGCAAGACUUACUAGAAGUCUGUCCAGACAUUUGCCUGAAUGCAAAAUAGUAUAUGCUCUCUGGCUGCAUCGCACUGGGGUGGCAUUCUGCGCGUCCUGAUGUUGUUGGAUCUCCUUGUGCGAUAACCAGCCCUGCUGCAAAUGCGUGGGGCGGGCGAUCCGACGGUGUUAUAAACGCGUUGAACUCCUCCCACCUCAGCAAAAUAUCCAAAUUGGUGGCUGACGAGGACAGUUUUAUGCCAGCAAGGUGUGUCAUUACAGCUUCCAGAAUCUAAUAGCUCUGUAAGGAAAUGGCAGGGGUAUAUAUCAUCGCUGCCUGCAGAUGGUAGGCGAACAGCACAGACCUUCUAUUUCCUGUUGUAAAAUCUGUAGUUAUGAGUUAAUGUACGUUUUGGCUUUUGUGUUAGCUUGUUAAUGCAAUGUAUUUGGAAUGUAGAGUUGGUAGGAGAGAGUAUGUGUAUCUGGUGAUUGUCCCUGUGGCAGUGUUUAAUAAUGUCAAUGUCGUUGAGGAGUCCAUAUUGAGUUAGAUUUUUCAGUAUCCUCUUUGCCAUGCGAUCGUAGCCCUUCCGCCGCUUCUUUCAGUUAUGCAGCGGUGGUGGAACAUGAGCC